GUUGCAGCAGCAGCAGGCAGCAGCAGCAUUGUUUCAGUGCUGCAGGUGCGGCCGCAGACCAACUCGUAGUUAUGCCUGCCCGCUCCUUUCUCGUGUAACACUUCGUGAUGUUGUGGACGUGUCAUCACACUUGUUGUACCCUAUAAGAGGGCUGAGUUGGUAGAGUCCACGUUCCACGCACGCCCAACCCCCCCCCCCACUCGGCGCUGCUUGAAUAAUGGUCUCGUCGACCGGGAAGGCCGCCGCUGUGCCCGGGACCUCCUCCUCAGCCUCUCGGCGUCUCUCGCGCUGUGUCCCGCCGGCUUCGCCGUGAACUCUCUCGGCGGAGGGAGCGAGAGAGAGGGAGGGGGAGAGUGCGGGGGAGAGACAGAGAGCGAGACAGAGAGAGAGAGAGCGAGCAAGAUGGGCGAGGAGCUGAGUGAGAAGCUGGGUGAGGAGCUGAGUGAGGAGCUGGGUGAGGAGCUGGGUGAGGAGCUGAGUGAGGAGAUGGGCGAGGAGCUGAGCGAGCAGCAGCAGCAGGAGGGGGAAGGCUGUUCAGGGGUGGCAGGGCCUGGGCAGAGCACGGAGGAGCCGGCGGCAGCGCUACCGGCCGCUGUGAGAGCCCAGAUCGAGCGCAACCGUCAGCGAGCACUGCUCCUCCGCCAAGCACGCGCCGCCAGCCAGCCCUACCCCUCGGCCAGCGCUCGCUCACAGGCGGGCGCUGCGAGGCUGCGGGUGCCCGGCCGGGCGGUCGACACCGGCGGUGGUUUCCUGCUGGAGGAGGCGGACGAUGAGGAGGAGGCGGCGGCUCGCCGGGUGGUGCACACACCAGCGCCCGUGAUGAAGGCGGACUACCUGCAGUGCGGGGAGUGCGGGCGCCGCUUCAUGGACUCCUACCUGAGCGCCACGUUUGACUUGGCCGUGUGCGACGCGUGCAGGGACAACGAGGGCAAGCACCAGCUGGUGUCGCGCACGGAGGCCAAGACGGAGUUCCUGCUCAAGGACUGCGACCUGGACGGGCGGGAGCCGGCGCUGCGCUUCGUCCUGCGCAAGAACCCGCACAACCCGCGCUGGGGAGACAUGAAGCUGUACCUGCGCCUGCAGGUGGAGGGGCGCUCGCUGGACGUGUGGGGCGGCGAGGAGGCCCUGCAGGAGGCCCGCGAGCAGCGGCACCACGGCCGCGACCGGCGGCAGCAGAAGCGCUUCAAUAACAAGGUCAAGGAGCUGCGCAUGGCGGUGAGGAGCAGCCUGUACCGGAAGGCCAGCGCGGGCCACGUGCACGAGUACGGCCCCGAGCAGCGCGACGACGCGGACGCGGACGCGUACCACAGGACUUGCGUGCAGUGCGGCCACCGCCUCGCCUACGAGAAGAUGUGAGAGCGGCGCCGGGGCCGGCGUCCCGGUGCUCGUGAGUCGGGGGAGCGGCCCCAGAGCCGAGUCGGAUCAGGGACCGAGACCGGGGGGAAGCGGCGGAGGAGCCGCCGGGGAGGAGACACGAGGAGCGGUUUUCCAGUCUAAUAAUAAAGUGAAGCAAAAGGAGCUUGGCUCUGUGGAGCUGGGAACUCGUGCGGAGCAAGGGGGAUGUUUUAUACACGAGUCGUGCGCUUUGCCACGCAAGGGUGAGCUACACGCAACAUUUCUAUGUUCCGUAUACUUUGGACAAGGAGACGAAACUGCUAGCUUUUUCCAAUGAACAGCCUUUUAAUGCCAAACACUACCUGCCCGAGGAUGUACAGAGCAUGUAUUUUUGAUGCAAGUUGUGAUUGUGGUCUGAUAAACACCACCCCAGUGGAGUAGUUUUUAUCGGGGGCCCUCCAAGCUGCCCCGCGUUGCUCCGUCGCGAGCGCCCAGCGGCGUCUCCACGUGCGCACGCGUUGGGUCUCCACGGGCCCUCACGGGAGCCAUGUAACUAACAACACAGCGGCACGCGGACCGCACCAGACAACGCCCGGAGGGGCCGCCAGGCAACUUGGCCCACAGCGAGGGUGAGGCAAACACCCACCACUCACUCACCCACUCGCUCACCCACCACUCGCACAUUCACCCACUCGCUCACCCACCACUCGCACAUUCACCCACUCGCUCACCCACCAC